UACCUUCUGUAGCCAAGUCAUCCGCCGAAUUUCAAAAAAUUGAUGGAGGAGUAUGUCAACUUUUGCACAGAGCUGUCUAGAAAAAUUAUGCGGGGUAUAGCUCUGGCAUUGGGUGGAUCACCAGUUGAAUUUGAAGGGACAAUAGCCGGUGAUCCAUUUUGGGUGCUGCGUAUAAUUGGCUAUCCUGGUGUCUCCCCUGCAAAUGGCCAAGACAUGCCAAAAAAUGAUAUUGGAUGUGGAGCUCAUACGGAGUUUGGUGUAAGCAUGAGGUGUUCUUAUUUAUACGUGACGAUGACCUCUUGUUCUAUACCAGGUCUGGUGACGUUAGUCAAUCAAGAUGAUGGUAUUACUGCUCUUCAGGUAAAAAACCUUUCUGGAGAGUGGAUAUCAGGACCACCCAUUCCUGGGACAUUUGUUCGCAAUAUCAGUGACAUGCUGAAGAUUCUAUCCAAUGGCCUUUAUGAAUCAACAUUGCAUCGGGUGACUAACAACUCUCCCAUUUAUCGGGUCUGCGUGGCCUACUUUUAUGAGCCAAAUUAUGAUGCUGUAAUAGAGCCAUUGGAUGUAAGCGUAAAACAAACUGGUGGAACCACGAGGUUUGAAGGUGCUGUUUACGGUAAACACUUGGUCAGUAAAGUCCUGACAAAUUUCAUAUACUGAGGAAUAAAUAUAUCUCCCCAUUUUGCCUGUUUCGACUGAAUCUCUCACAUUCACGAAUUUUGGGGAUUUCAUCCGUUAGCCGUUGAAAGGAUGUACAAUAAUAUCUUGUGUUUAUUGGAUUAAGUUGUCGGUUGAU